AUGCAGAAUCAGACAAUUUUGAAGGAAUUAUUUCUUUCUGGACUGUCCGAUCUUCCAACUCUUCAUCUCCCUCUGUUCCUCUUCUUCCUUCUCAUCUACCUUCUGACAGUAAUCUGGAAUUUGCUGAUCAUUGUCCUUGUAGCCACCGAUUCUCACCUCCAUGUUCCUAUGUAUUUCUUCCUUGGGAACCUGGCCAGUUUGGACCUGUGUAGUUCUUCAGUCAUCGUCCCACGAAUGCUAUUUGAUCUUCAUACCAAGAGAAGAAAGAUUACAACAACAGCUUGUAUGACUCAACUCUUCUUCUUUAUAUUUUUUUCUUUUUAUGAGACUUUUCUGUUGUCCAUCAUGUCCUAUGAUCGAUACAUCGCUAUUUGUAAGCCAUUGCAUUACAUAGAGAUCAUGAGCUGGAAAAUGUGUCUAUAUUUGAUAUGCAGUGGGUGGUUUCUCAGUUUUAUCUAUUCUUCAGUUCACACAUUUUAUGCUUUUAAAUUAACCUUUUGUGAAUCAGAUAUUAUAGAAAGUUUCUUCUGUGACCUUCCACAGUUGUUUCAGAUCUCCUGCAGCGACAUCUUCAUCAACAUUCUGCUCAUUUUUUUCUUGGGUGGCUUCCUUGCAAUGGGGAAUCUAAUAAUGACCUUCUUCCCCUACGUCUAUAUAUUCAAAACUGUUCUAAAGAUGAAAGUGAAGGGCAAUAGGAGUAAAGUUUUCUCUACAUGUACCCCUCAUCUCACAGUGGUGAUUAUAUAUUAUGUUUCCGUUUGCUUUAAUUAUUUUCAACCAAAUGGAGGUCAUCAGUUUGCUGGUAACAAAGUGGUGUCCAUGUUUUACACCGUGAUACUUCCUCUCCUCAAUCCUCUGAUUUAUAGUUUGAGGAACCAGGAUUUCAGAACAGCAUUCCGAGAUGUUUUAAGGAAGAUCAUCCCCAAUGCGAUAUAA